UUAAGCGCUUCACAAAUCAGUUUAGGCGCGAUUUUCAUUUGGAUAGUUCGAGCUUGCUCGUGAGCUCUUCAAAAUUUUCUUUCGUUACACAUAAAGGAAAUAUGUGCAAUGCAUUGAAGGAAAAAAUUAUAAUAAAUGCGAGUUUACUUAAAUACUAAAAAACUAAUUUUAACGAAAAAAAUUCUCAGGGUAAAAAGUAACUAAACUUUAAGAAAAAAGUCUUGAAUAAUUUUUCCCCCAAAAUGGUGCAAAUAAGUUCUGGCAGUGGUGAUCUCAUUCACACAGUGACUUUGGACAAAACAGGGAAAAAGUCAUUCGGUAUUUGUAUAGUUAGAGGAGAGGUGAAAGACUCCCCAAAUUCGAAAACAUCAGGAAUUUUUAUAAAAGGUAUAGUUCCAGACAGCCCGGCCCAUUUGUGUGGAAAAUUAAAGGUGGGCGAUCGAAUACUAUCCCUCAAUAAUAAAGACGUGCGAAAUGCUACAGAACAAGCCGUUAUCGAACUAAUUAAAGAUGCUGGCAUCAAAAUAAAUCUUGAAAUUCAAACUUUUGGAAAGGAUGAGAAGAAAUCGAACGAACGUGAACAACGUGAAAAUGGCUAUGUGCAAGCAAAAACUAAAUUCGCUCCAGAACCGCCGAUGUCGACGAAUAAGCCGAACGUGGCUCCGAAAGAGGCGCCUAGAAAUUCGACGUUUUCUGCCUCCAUUCGCGCAAAACCUGCUGCGAAUUAUACAGCUAACGACGAUGAUGACGAAGACACACGAGACAUGACUGGCCGAAUCCGCACAGAAUCUGGUUACGAGAUCGAUCGAGCAUCUGCUGGUAAUUGUAAGCUCAACAAGCAAGAAAAAGAACGAGACAAGGAACAACCCGAUGAGUUCGGAUACACAAUGGCGAAAAUAAAAAAACGUUACAAUUUAAUGAAGGACCUGCGCAAAAUUGAAGUGACGCGAGUGCCAAAUGUUUCGCUUGGCUUGGCAUUGGCCGGUCAUACGGAUAGAAGAAAAAUGGCCUGCUUCGUCGCUGGCAUCAAUUCCAAUGGUCCAUUAAGUGCAUUAGAUAUAAAAGCAGGCGAUGAGAUACUCGAGGUAAACGGCAAUGUUCUACAGAAUCGUUGCCAUUUGAAUGCAUCCGUAAUAUUCAAAAACAUCGACUGCGAGCGAAUUAUACUUAUUACGUCACGCAGAAAAGAUAAUGACGAAGGCAUAUCAGUAAAGCCCAUCAAGAAGUUCCCGAAGGAAGUCGAUGAUACAAAGUUCUUAUUCGAGCUGUAUCCGAAUGCGCGGUCAGUGCAAGUUAAAAAAGAGGGCUUCCUUGGUAUUAUGGUAAUUUACGGAAAGCAUGUCGAAGUGGGCAACGGCAUAUUUAUAUCUGAUUUACGUGAGGAGUCCAACGCCGUAGCGGCUGGAGUAAAAGUUGGUGAUAUGUUACUUGCUGUUAACAAGGAUGUUACUACAGAAUCGAAUUAUGAUGAGGCAGUUGCUCUGAUAAGACGCGCCGAAGGCAUAGUUACACUUGUGCUGUUAACUCUUAAAACCGAGGAGGCUCUAAAGGCUGAAAAAGAGGUUGUGGAGAAGAAGAAAGAAGAAGCAAAAGCUGAAGCCGAAAAACCACAAGAUCCUUCUGUUGCGGAAAUCAAGCCCAACAAGAAGAUUAUUAUUGAGGUGAAAGUGGAAAAGAAACCACUCGGAGUAAUAGUGGUCGGUGGCAAAAACAACCACGUUAAGACUGGAUGCGUUAUAACACAUAUCUAUCCUGAAGGAGCACUAGCGGCGGAUAAAAGACUUCAAAUUUUUGAUCAUAUAGUGGAAGUGAACAGUCGCCCGAUAAUUUGUACCGAAAUGACGACACUUAAAGUACAUCAAGUAUUCCAUACAAGCUACGAGAAAGUCGUGACAUUCCAAGUUUAUCGCUCAGACCCAAUAGAAAUGGAAAAGUUCAAUGUGGAAUUUAUGAAAAAGCCAGGAAAAGAUUUGGGCCUUUCACUGGCACCAAAUGACCGCGGCUGCACAAUUUCAGAAAUAAUUCCUUCGGGUUAUGCCGAAAUAGAUAAUAAAUUGCAACGAGGAGACAUCAUAACGAAAUUCAAUGGUGAUUCCUUGGAGAAUUGUACUUUCGAAAUUUGUUAUGCGUUGUUCAAAGGAGCCAAUGGAAAAAUUUCGCUGGAAAUCUCAAGGCCCAAACCUACCUGUCGCACUGAAGCGUCCAAAUAAAUCAUUAAUAAUAACCAUACAAAUUUGUAAAAAUAAAACAUUACAUUUAAAUAAACAAUACGAUAUUCUA